UACAAGAAAGAUGUUGAGACUUUGGAAAAAAGGGCGAAAUAGAGCAACAAAGAUGAUUGAAGUAAAACAUACGAAGAACGGCUGCAGGAUUUGGGAAUACCUUCUGCUUCUUCUUGUGCCGUAUCCGUCAUCGGAUGUUGGCGAUCAUGUUGCGCGAGCCUAUUUUUAUCAACAGCUGCACAAAAAAAGUGCUUUUGAGUUUUGUCCAAGCUGGUUCCUUUGAUUUUUGAAGCCAUGAUCUUCUUCUUCUGCCUGGACCUCCUCGUUCGCCUUCAAUCUUUCCUUGGAGGAUUUAUUUAUUUAUUUAUUAUAUUUCUAUACCGCCUUUCUCCCGUAGGACUCAAGGCGGUGAUUAAGUGAAGUAUGCCGUAUUUUUCUGGGUGUCGCAUCACCUGUCCAAAAUAUUCUAACUUUGACAAGAAAGACUAAGGGGGGACAUGAUAGCAGUCUUCCAAUAUCUGCCACAGAAAAGAGGGAGGUCCAACUAUACUCCAGAGCAAAUUGGUAGUAGAUAAGAGCGAACAUAAUUUAAGGCAGACUGGAGUCUUGUGGUUGCAAAGAUGACUCAAGACCGAUGACGCCCUUGACUCCUCCCUCCCUCCCUCCCUCCUUCGGCCUCAGCCUAGUCAUCUCCUACAUCAACCUCACCAAAUCAAAUUUUUUUGGGUUUCGUUGACCGGUGGAUAUUUUGCCAAAGCAAGGAAGCUGCGCAUAUCUUCAUCCUUGUUCCGCCCACAUCUUCAAACUCUUCAUUUCGGCCUCGCGCCGGGAAAACGCGGCAAGGAUUCAAUUUCCAUUGGGAAUCUCUAGCCAGUCGUCGGACGCUUUUUCAUCCAGGUCUCUUUGGCCAUCCCAUCUUCUGGGCUUUUUUUCUCCCCCCACGAUGCCACUUUGGAAGAGGAUGAAAUCUCUUGGGGGGGGGGGGGUGUUGGCUAGAAUCCAGAACUGGAAUUUUCAGAAGGGUUUGAAAUGAAACGGACUCUCCUGGUUCUUUGAAUGCCGACUCCGUCCGGAGCCACGCGCGUUCCGACCGGACACAGAUGGACGCGGGGCUGAUGAUUCGCUCGCGUACUUAGACCGAAGGAUGAGAGGUUGGCGGGAAAAAGAGACACCGCCCCCCUCGAUCAAAAUGCAGAAGAGUUUCCUGCCUUCCCCUCUCCUCUUCAUCAUCCUCUCCACCCUGCAGGGUAAAAAUCUGAUUCACGAUCCAUAUAAACCCGAAUGCGUCCUCCGGAAGAUGCCAUGCCACCCAAAAGCGAUUUGCCAACUGGACGAGCUUUCUUCGGAGUUUUAUUGCCGUUGCUUGCCAGGUUACGAUGGAGACGGGAUCAGUCUUUGCCAAGCCCCUGCCUUCCACAUCACCGUUUCCGACGCUUCCGUUUGUGACGAGAUGGGCGAGCAGGUGUGUCUCCUCCACGUGAAAGAGCCACGCGUCACUUUCCACGUCUCCGUCUCGGCUUCCGCCAACCGACGUUCGCCCAGCGUGAUCUGGUACAAGUUUUACACGGGACAGAGCCCGCAGUUCCACAGCUACCGACAGCGGUUGGGAUCGGUGGGAGACAGGACUCUGAGGAGAAGGGUGGGCAACCGCAGCCGUAUCCUGACCCUCCUAUCGAUACAGGAUGACGAUUUUUACCCCAAUCUUUUCUGGGCAGAAGUGAGGCUCCAUGCCCUGAUCCCAAAAACUCUGGGAGUUGAAGCUUACGAUUUAAGCCGCUUUCAACUGUUAAACCCUUCGGGACUGAGAUUCUAUUUCGCCCUGGAAGGAACAUCGAUCGAAGUUGGACCCUUUCUGGAAGGAGAUACAGCGGUCCUCCGGUUACCCGAGUACCUUCACCUCUCGCCUUCCAGCUUCGUUCAGUGGAUCAAGGAACCGCGUCCGCUGACCUUGCUGGACGACCAAGCCGUGAUCAUCGCCGACGAGGUGGAAAAGAUGGUGAUCAGCGGUUUAACGGAGUCCAAUUUUGGUUACGUCCGAGCCCUGGUUUACGAUUUCCAUUCGGAGGUUCCUGGACGUGUUUUGGUAGCCGAGAGGCUCUUCUUAAUAAAGAAAGAACAGACAAGCCGCGUUGCUUCCAUUUCAGACGUCACCAAAACCUGCGAGGGAAGCCGAGGAGAAAGGAGCUGCCGUUGCAACCCGGGAUUCGAAGGCAGGGGUGUGCAUUGUGUCGACAUCAAUGAGUGUGAGAGGAAAACAGCCCUGAGCUGCCUGUCCGAGGCCACGUGCACCAACACCUACGGGUCGUAUUUCUGCCGCUGCCCCCGGGGCUUAGAAGGAGACGGCUUAGUCCGCUGCGUAGACGUCGACGAAUGUACGAGAGGCACCCACAAGUGCAACCAAAACGCGUUGUGUUUGAAUACUCUGGGCUCUUACGUUUGUGCCUGCCAGAGCGGCUUCAUCGGCGACGGCUCGCGCUGUACAGCCAAGAGUACCUGGUCGCCGUGGUCGCCGUGGUCCCCCUGCUCCGUCACUUGCGGCAUCCAAAACCAGAUGCGCAUCCGUGAAUGCACCCACGAGGAGAGCGGUAUGCGCUGCCUGGGCCCUUCGGCUGACCUCAAGGGGUGCCCCAACCUGCGGCCUUGUCCCACUAACGGCGGCUGGUCGGUGUGGUCCCCUUGGUCGGUGUGCCUGGAGACGUGUUCGGGGAUCAAGAAACGGCUCCGGUUAUGUGAUAGUCCUCCCGCUUCCAGAGGAGGUCUCCCUUGCAAAGGGGAGAAGGAGCAACUCGGAUUAUGCCACUCGAGCCACUGUGCCGUGGAUGGAGCGUGGUCUCUGUGGGCCUCGUGGACGCCCUGCCCCGUCUCCUGUGGAUUAGGAGUCGUCCGGCGGUCACGGCGGUGCAACAGCCCUUCCCCGGAACAUGGAGGAAAGAACUGUAGCGGUCACGGAUACGAAGAAGGCACCUGUGGCUUUCCGGAGGCACUCUGCAGAUUCCUAGCCGAGCCUUCUGAAUCCAUCGUACCUGGGAAACUGAUUCAGUAAAAAUAAUCAAACCCCAAAAGUGAGUAUUUGCUGAUCCAUCCAGAAAACCCAAAUAAUGUCUGAAGCCUUGUAGGAAUCCCCCCCUGGUCUUGGAAAUCCACCUGGAAAGAUUCUCAAGGCAUCGAAAUAAAAGGAUAGGUUUGCAAAGAGACCCGAGUCUAAAGAAUCGCUUUGGAAGACGCUUCUUUUAAAUUUGUCUUUAUUUCAUUAAUAGUCGGAGGGGGCAUUGGGCGAGGUAUCAUGAAUAGUUGAUGGAAUUUUUGCCAAAGUUCAGAUUCCGGCGCUUUGGAACUACGAGAGGUUUUCCAGAAGCAUGGGAUCUGUAGUUAUCGUGGCAACCAUCGGAGGCUGAGAAAAGGAUGGUGGAAAGUCUUCGGGUACCACUUCUCCCCACCCAACUAUGAGCAGCAAAAGGUUAAAAAAUUGAUGAAGACUGUGAUUAAAAUAUGAUGGCCAUUGGA